AACAGAUUCAAAGGACGAAUGUUGAAAAUGAAUAUUUAGUACCUAGUACACAACAGGACACAGGCAUUUUUUAUAUUGUAAAUAGUGAAAUCGGUACAUGUUCUUGUUUUGUUGGCAUAAAUGGUGCCCCAUGUAAAUAUCAAGGAGCUGUCUCAAUGAAAUUUCAUCUUUCAAUGUUUAACUUUAUUCCAUCAUUAACACCAAAUGACCGUGCAAAUUAUACUUACAUUGCACUUGGUUAUGUUGCUCAUGAUAAUUCGUUUUAUGCCUUGCUUCAUGCACAACAAGCCCCACAACAAGAAAAUUUACACCAUAGUGAACCAACAUUUUCUAGUACUCCAAAUAUUAAUAACAAAACAAGCAAUACUUCAGAUAUUGAGUGGAAAGAACCAAACGAAAAUCGUAAAGAUAUCGAUAUUUUACCAUUUGUUGCAUUUUUAGAAGAG